AUGGUGGCCGCGGCCGCUUCUGCUGCGCGGCUCAUCUUCACAGAGCCUGCAUACUGGGCAGUCCUCCGCCCCAUCAUCUACCACUGCGUGGACGACUACUGCAGCCUCUCUCAGACAUGCCGCAACCUCCGCCACUUGGUCACCACCGACCCGGACGUUCGUGACCGGUGCUUCAACCUCGUCUACAGCCUCCCCGCACCACCUCCUUCCCUUGACGGACCUCUCCCCCCUCCUAGAGGCAAGCUCCCUCUCCGCGCACCUACCAUUGUUCUCAAGCGCAACCCCAAGGGCAACCUGGUCAGACACAUCCAACACCUCCCUCGACCCAGCGACACACCGUACACUGAACCCAAGCGCACACCACAAGACACCGAGCGAUACCUCCGCGAACAGUCCCUCCAGCGCUUCUCUCCCUCGCUCAUCCGCUGUGUGCACACGCGCGGACCCGUCGCGGCUGUACGCGACGGGUACAUGGUGACGCUCAAGACCCGGCUGGGUGGCACACAGCCAACGGGCUGGACCGUGUGGGCCCUCCCGCCCUGGUUCGAGGUGCAGCAGACUGUGCUCUCGUCGUCUUCUGGAAGCUCAAAGGCCAAAGCUUCUAUUCCUGUGAAAGACGUGUGUAUGCCUCCCCGCCCCGCGGGGGCGUCCAACGACCAGAACGUCUGGAUGUGGGAUUACAGCAUCCGCCAAGACGUCGCCGCUGUGGCGAUCCAGCCGGACGAGAACCUCGUGGCUGUGGCUGUUCAACCCAUCACCGUUCGAUACUCCAAGGACAGCGACAAGGGCAAGUCGACCUCCAACCAGCCAGACUCGUACCUCGUCGGCCGUCGCCACCGUAUCUACUUUUACCAGCUGCGCCCCACGGGUCUCGGCCACUCGACUGACGAGUGGGGGGUCCCAAUCAAGCACCCCAACGCGGCGCGGCCUUAUGUGGACCUUCUCGAGCCCGACAGCACCGACCAGGUCGCGUACAAGCUCAAAGUCGGGCCCAACGGCCUUGUCGGCCUCUUGGUUGCGCCCCAGGAGGGAGGUGUGUCGGCCGGCCUGCUGGCCGUGUGGAACUGGCAGCAAGGUGUCUGUGUCGGAUUGUCCGCGACUCGUUCCGCUACCAACCAGAUGCUCGACUUUGACUUCUUCACGUCCAAACAUGUGAUCGUCCUCGAGGCCGUUUCGUCCAUUUCGUCGACGAACGUGCCGUCGCCCGGUGUGCCGCCCACGUGCUACCUGACCGUCCUCCAUGUCGGCAACACCGUCUCCCGCAACGCGAACAUUACGUACCGUCGAGAGGACAAGUCCGCCACGCUCGUGCCAUGCCCCGCGCACAACUGCUGGACCGUCGACGACGGCGUGGCCGAUGCGGUCGGAUACCUCGUCGCCCUCGAGCUCCCGGCGCUCGUGGACCAGACGGAAGGCGACGGCAAAGCCCCGGCCCUCACCGGCAGCGUCUCACUAUACCCGCCCCUCAGCGACAGCUACUACCUCGGCACGGUCUCGUUCACCAUCAGCAGCCGUGGCCACGCCGGCAGCGGCACCGCCACCGCUUCAGACCACUUCAUGCGUGGCGCCCUCAGCGCAGCCGUGAUCCCGACCAUGGUCUCGCCGUCCCUCAAAAAGACGGCCAUUACCGCCGCUCUAAGCAAGUGGCAUCAGCAUGUCACCGACGGCAAGCUCGACAGUACUGCCGUGCUCUCCGACAAGAUGCGUUACAGCCUCUGCGGCCUUGUGGGAAUCCUAGCCGAGGAACGGCUCGACGGCAACGACGGUGACCGCACAUGGGACGAGGUCCUCCUCGACGACUUCCGCCUGGCUAAUGGACCCGAGCUGUUCACGACUAUUGUCCACGAGGCCGACGAGGCCGACCUGUUCGACCUCGGCGACGCGUCGCCCUCCUCCCCUUCCCUCUCCCGCCCGACAUCCUUCCUGCAGGCCCUGGGCGGCGAGGAGGGCGUCGAGCGACACGCUGCCGUCUUCUCAAAGUGUCUCGACCCCUUGGUGUGCAAGCGCGCCGAGCUGGUGGUCACCGAGUUUGCAAGCUGGAAAGAGUAUGCCCACAUUGAAACGACAGCGACAACGACGGGCUCAUCAUCCCCACCACCACCACCACCACCCGGCUCGGCGACGUACGCCUCCCGUGUGCUCUACCUCGACCCGUCUCCGACAAAAGAGUCCGCCAAGCACCUGCGCUGGGACACGGUGGGCACGCCCGUCCCGAAAUCGCGCGACGGGUGCUCGACGCUCACGUUGCGCAACUACUCGCUGGGCAUCGUCGGGUUCCCACCGAGCUUCAACAUGGACGCCGCAAAGUGGUUUUUGGGCGGUACGGGCCAGUGGGACAGGUGGCACAACCACGCGCCAGAAGCCAUCCCGGCCCCACCUGUGGCCCAUGACACUGGCGCGGUGGCUGGUCCUCGCCACGUCACUUGUUCCGACCAGCUGGCCGCCAUGGCCAUGGCCAUGACCAUGUCCUCUCCCUCGUCCUCGUCCUCGACUGCAGCGACCGACAGCCGUAAGCGCGUGCACGGGCCGUGGAUCGGCACGCACCCCGUGGGCAGUGCGCACUGGUAUGAAGAGUUUGCGCGCGAGUUUGGCCUGCUGGUGAAGAAGCAGCCCAACGACGCGGGCGACGCAGGGGAACCGGUGUCGGCACCGUACACCGAAGCCCGGCUGCCCGUGUUCUGUGACGUGGCCAGCGGGGGUGGCGGCGGCGGCGUCGACGCGGUGUGGUUUGACGGACAGACGGUUGUGCUCGCUCAGGCCGACACGGUGACUCUCAUUUCAUUCUAG